AUGUAUCGUUCUGCUGCUCCCAAGCUGUCCCUCAGCAUUUCUGCUGCGCAGAAUGUCCGUCCUACGCUGUCUCUCAAGUCGCCGGGUCUGCCGCGGACGCCCAUCUCCCCGUCCGCCGCCAGCCCGACCGCCAAGCGCUUCUCAUCUCUCCAAGUGCCUUCGUACAAUUACAGCAAUUCUUGCACCUCCAAGAGCAUUCUCAAGAAGCAGCCCAAUGGACACAAUGCGGUCCCGGAGAAGCGCAUCCAGUUCAAAGGCACCCCCACGGUCCACUGCGUGACCCCCAUCGAGAACCCCGAGGAGUAUUACGGCAACUACGUCAAGCUCUCGCGCGAAGAACGUCGCUGGAUGGUCCAGUCCGAUCGGCGACGAUACAGCAUCACUGACUGUGCCGCCGUGCAAAGCGAUGAUACGUCGGUCGCCAUCGUCGAAAAAAACACCCAGAAGUCAUCGGCGCAAAUUCAUUUCCUCGAGAAUGUGACAGCCGACCUGAACGCGUAUCGCGGAGUCCAUCCGAUCCUCGCUCUCGAAUCGCAUCAAGAAAGCCUCGCGAAACUCGUGAACAAAGCGCUGUCGCAUUUGCCCGUCGCGUCGGGCGAUACCACCACUGCCCAUGGGACGAUAUCUUUAACAAACUGCUCGCAACCUCGUCGCAAACCAGACUUCAUCUCCGUCACCAGAGGCCCCGGCAUGCGCGCCAACCUCUUCGUCGGCUUGGACACCGGCAAGGCUCUGUCUGUCGCAUGGCAGAUCCCUUUCGUCGGCGUCCAUCAUAUGCAGGCUCAUCUGUUGACCCCCCGACUGGUGUCCGCGCUGUCGCACAAUCAGGACAAUACUCCCACUACAACCCCGUCGCCUAUAACCCCCGAAUUCCCCUUUCUCUCUAUUCUCGUUUCUGGCGGACACUCCAUCCUCGUCAAAUCCGCAUCCAUCACCGAACAUGAAGUCAUGGCGUCGAGCGCAGACAUCGCCAUAGGAGAGUCCCUAGAUAAAUCAGCCCGGGAGAUCCUCCCCGAUGAUUUACUCGCCAACGCCAAGAACACAAUGUACGGCAAGAUUCUUGAACAGUUUGCCUUUCGCAACGGCCCCAUCGACUACGCCGACUACCAGCCGCCGAAGAAGCGCGGCGACGAGGUCGUCAAGCGUGAAACCCCCUGGGGCUGGUCCCUAACAACCCCCUUCGCCAACACCCGCCACCUCCAGUUCAGCUUUUCCUCGAUCGCCAGUGCCGUCACCAAAAUCGUCGCCCAGAAACAGAAGGCGGGUGAGACACUAUCCCACGACGAGCGGGUGGACGUGGCGCGCGAGUCGAUGCGCGUGUGCUUUGAGCAUCUCGCCUCCCGCACCGUCAUCGCGCUGGAAGCCCUCCGCGCCCAGCCAGAGAGCCAGGAGAUCAAGACGCUCGUUGUCAGCGGCGGUGUCGCAGCGAACCGGUUCCUCAUGACCGUGCUGCGCUCGUUCCUGGAUGUCCGCGGGUUCGGACAUGUGGACAUUGUCGCGCCACCGCCGUACCUGUGCACCGAUAACGCCGCCAUGAUCGGGUGGGCGGGCAUCGAGAUGUUCGAGGCGGGCUGGCGGACGGAUCUGGGCAUCCGAGCGUUGAGGAAAUGGAGCCUUGACCCGCAGGCCGACGAUGGCGGAGUCUUGGGACCGAAUGGGUGGCAGCGGGUGUGA